AUGGCGAUCGACGUGACUUACCAGGGGACAGGCCCCGACGUUCGACCAAGCCUUCCAACGCUAGAUGAAUACGUUGCUUUGACACCUCGCCAUGUGACACCGAUCUACCCCUACGACGCCAAUUUGAUCGUCUCUCUCCUCGACCUUCACCCUAAUCCUCCGGCCGCAGGUGUAAACAAACCUCAGAUAGAGAUCCUUGAAUGCGGCACCGGCCAUGGUUCUUUGACUCUGCACCUUGCGUGCGUGCCAUCCACGCCGCCAACUCGACUCCGCCGCCCCGUCCAUUGA